AUGACAAGUUCAAACGAAUGUGGGUCUAAUAGUCCUACUAGAACUGCUGAUAUAAAUAAGAGAAUAAUAAGGAAGCACUCAGGGAGUCAGAAAAAGUCACCUAGCAUAGAAGCAUCUUUCUCGAGAGAUGAUUUUGCUAGCCGGAGAUCGAGUACUACUGCUGCCCUUUUGAAAGAUCCCUCAGAAAACUAUGGUACCAAGGGUAUACCACCUGUAAGCAUAGACAUUGACAUAAGAAAUCCUGCACCAAAAGUUAUUGAUGCUGUGACUAGGCACUUAUCAAGCACUCCGAAUCAUUUACAAAUGCAAGGUGCUGAUAUGACUAGAGAUCUUUACAAAUGGGCCAAAGAGCACCCGUCUUCUCCUCCACCAGCUUCUUCGGAAAACAUGCUAGCUUCCAGUGGAAACCAGUUUACAAAUAUUUCAACUCCAAAUGAGUUUACCAACCCCAAUGCAUUCAAAAGAAAGAGAUCGAUGAGUUUUUCUGCUGUAUCUGCUCAUUCCUCCGCCAUGAACAGUAUAUCUAAUUAUAAUACGAAUAACGAUUUCCGUCAAGUACGAAAUGAACUGCCUGAAAUAAUGAUGUCCCAUGAAGAUAUUAGAGCGCCAGGAGGAUUUAGAAGGUCGUACUUGAUCCAAAAACAUAUAGAGGAGAACGGAGAGGAACCACCAAAUAAUUUUAUCACUAGAAAUUUUAUUGAGUUUCUAACUCUUUAUGGCCACUUUGCAGGCGAAGAUUUAUCAGAAUCUGAAGAGGAAAGCGACAUUGAAGGUGAAUAUGAUGAAGAAGCUCUUGAAACAGAAUCCACACGCCUUCUAUCUACUCACAGAUCGCGAAAACAUCGUCCAGCUGUUCAUGGUCAUAAAUCAUCAACUACCAAAGCGGUGCUUCUUUUAUUGAAAUCCUUUGUCGGCACUGGUGUUCUUUUCCUUCCUCGUGCUUUCCAUAAUGGAGGUUGGGGGUUUAGUUCAUCCGUAUUGUUAAUAUGUGCAUUAAUAUCGUACUGGUGCUUUGUCCUUCUGAUAGACACGAAAAAUCACGUUGGUUUGGAUGGUUAUGGUGAUAUGGGUAACCACCUUUAUGGUUCAUCAAUGAAAUUAGCGAUCUUAUGGUCAAUUGCUCUUUCUCAGAUAGGGUUUUCAUCAGCCUAUACUGUCUUCACUGCUACCAACUUACAAGUAUUCACGAACAAUGUGUUCAAGCAAGAAUAUGGAAUAACUAUCUUUAUCAUAAUCCAGGUAUUGUUUUUUUUGCCAUUGGCGCUUACAAGAAAUAUUGCCAAAUUAAGUGGCACUGCCUUGAUUGCAGAUCUUUUCAUUUUGCUAGGAUUAGUUUAUGUGUAUUGGUUUUCGAUUAGUCAUGUUUCAACCCAUGGUGUUGCUUCUGAAACAAUGCUAAUGUUUAAUAAGGCUGAUUGGUCUUUGUUCAUCGGAACUGCUAUUUUUACUUUCGAAGGUAUUGGACUAUUAAUACCGAUACAAGAAUCAAUGAAGAAGCCUGAACAUUUUCAUGCUUCACUUUCAGGUGUCAUGUGCGUUGUAACUGUUGUUUUUAUCUCAUGUGGGCUUAUCUGCUACUGUGCUUUUGGUGCGGAUGUAGAAACUGUCGUGCUACUAAAUUUUCCACAGGAAAGUAUCUAUACAAGAGCCGUACAACUAUUAUAUGCACUAGCGAUAUUGUUAUCAACUCCCCUCCAAUUAUUCCCAGCAAUAAAGAUAUUAGAGAACUGGACAUUUUCUCCUCAUUCAUCAGGAAAGCACAAUCCUAAGGUAAAGUGGUUGAAAAAUUACUUUAGAGCAGCAAUUGUCUGUUUCUCUGCCCUUAUUGCUUGGGCUGGCGCUAAUGAUCUUGAUAAGUUUGUUUCAUUGGUAGGUUCAUUUGCAUGUAUCCCUCUUAUUUACAUAUAUCCACCAAUGUUACAUUUCAAAGCUUUUAAGAAGGAUAAAUCGAAGUUGUUUAUGGCCUCAGAUAUUUUUCUCCUUUUUUUCGGUAUUAUAGUAAUGAUCUACACAUCUCUUCAAACCAUUGGAAUGUGGCUCAAUUAA